AUGAAACGCAAGGUGCAGUUGCAAGUGGCCGAUGCUGCCGACACGGGACUUGCGUCGGAUUCGGUCGAUAUCGUGCAAAUCCUCUUUGUCUUGCACGAAUUGCCCCUGGAUGUAGCGGUCCAAGUGAUGGCCGAAGCCCAUCGCAUUCUCAAACCCAAUGGAGGUCAGUUGUGGAUGGGAGAAAUGGACUUUUCGGCACCGGCAUAUGCCGCCCAACGCAACAAUCCACUCUUGUUUUCCCUGUUAAGGGCCACAGAGCCGCAUUUGGAUGAAUAUGCCGAUGGAUUUGCCACCACAAUUCAACCCGCCCUCCACGGGCUCUUUGACAAGGUGGUGUGGACGGCCGCCACGGGACGACACUAUACCGUGGUGGCUACCAAGAAUACCAAUAAUAACCAAAAGGCAGUGAUCGAAGAUUAUCGGUUCUUGCCCAAUGGGGACUAUGCGAUUGCCGAUACUCAUUUGCAACUGUGGGAGAGCGAAACGACGACAGAAGAAUGA